UUUAAUCAAAUUGGGCCCCGCGCCGCAAGGGGGCCCCGCACACACGUGUGUUAGUUUUAAACUGUAUACGAUAUUGGUAAAAAAGCUAACGUUAGACACAAAAUCAUUGUUAUUGUCAUCAAAAUAAUAGAUCCCAGUCACGUGCGAGAAUUUUCUGUUUUGUCAAAAGUCCAAGGGAAUUAACUCUGGUGUUGGUCCACACGCCCUGACUUUCAUAAUAAUUUACAGGAGCGGGAAGGGUGCGAGCCAAUCAGAACACAGUUUUCACUCUCUCCCAACGCUUGGACGGUGUAAGUGUGUCGGUUUAUUAUAUGUCAUUUCUGAAAAGAUAAUAUAAAAAGCCCUUUCAUCAUGGCAAGCACAAGCAGAGAUAGAGGCAGAGGGCGUAAGUAUUUAAAUGGCAACCAGAAGCGAGCACUGGCAAAGGCAAAGGUGCUUGAAAAUGAAAAACAUCGAGGUGCUAUCAAAAAAUUUCUUGUCACUCCACCUUUGAAACGCCCAUGUAUUGAAGAUGAAGAAGACAAAAACGAUUCAGAAAAUGACAAUACAGCCAUUAGUCCAAUUACAGUUGAUGAAUACAAUGAAGAAAUUGAUAUUCAGUUUGAAAAAGUUCAAGUUGACACACAGACACAGUUGAAUCAAACUGAAGACGAUCUUAAUACAACAGAAGACAGUGCCAAAGUGAGAAGUCCACUUAUAGCUAAAGAAGAGUCAGAAGGCCAAGCCCAAACAUCAAACAGUGAUGGAUCAUCCACAAGUACAGUUGUAAUUAACAUUAAUGAUGACCCGGCAAGUUGGCCAUCGAAUAUAAAUAGAAAUAUAAGAGAUUAUUUAACAAUGAAAGGGCCUCCUGAUAUUCCAGUGAACAAGUUUCCACGAAAUGAAAAGGGAUUGUGUUUUUCUAAGUUUCACUGUAUUGACAAAGAACGUGAACUAACUAUUAAUAAACAUGCAAAGUACUGGCAGCAAGUAUUCAAAAGGCUAGUGGCAAUAGUGCAGUUUCUUGCUGAGAGAAAUCUAGCGUUAAGAGGGACAGAAGAAAAAGUUGGUAAUGAGAGUGUACACAAUGGAAACUUUUUAGGUUUAGUGGAGCUGUUUGCAAAGUUUGACUCUGUUCUUGAAGAACAUUUACGUAAAGUCAAGGCCAACGAAAUUCAUAAUCACUAUUUAGGAAAAGAUACUCAGAAUGAACUACUAGACAUUAUGGCUACAGCUGUUUUGAAUGAGAUACUGAAUCGCGUAAAAGCAGCUAAGUACUAUGCCAUAAUUUUAGACUGCACACCUGACUUGAGCCACCAGGAGCAAAUGUCUCUAACGAUCAGGUAUGUUUCUGAUGGCAACUUGGCUCCUUCAGGUGUUUAUGAACAUUUCAUACAGUUUAUGCAGGUUGAAAGUAGCACAGGAGAAAAUUUAUAUAAAACAUUAUUAAACACACUAGAGGAAUUAAAAUUGGAUGUGAAAGACAUUCGAGGCCAAGGUUAUGACAACGGUAGCAAUAUGAAAGGUCACACAUCGGGAGUACAAGCACGGCUGUUGCAGGAUAAUCCAAGAGCCUUCUUUGUACCCUGCGCAUGUCACAAUUAUAACCUGUUACUAGGAGAUGUAGCCAAGUGCUGUCCAGAUGCUAUAACAUUUUUUGGGAUCUUGCAAAGGAUCUACAUAAUGUUCUCAGCAUCAACAAAGAGGUGGGCAGUUUUUAAGAAACAUGUACCUGGGUUAUCAGUGAAACCCUUGAGCGACACAAGGUGGGAGUGUCGGAUUGAUAGUGUUAAAGCUAUUCGUUAUCAGGUUGGAGAAGUAUAUGAUGCACUUGUGGAAACAUCAGAGAUAACAGAUGAGCCCAAGGUAAAAGCAGAGACAGAAGGUUUAGCAAACCAGCUAAAAGACUAUAAAUUUUUAGUUUCUUUGAUAUUUUGGCAUGAUUUACUUUUUAAAGUUAACUAUGUUAGCAAGGAACUACAAGGUAAAACAAAGGACAUUGAUGAAGGCAUGGAGUCAUUUGAAAAACUAUUAUCAUGGCUAAGAAAAUAUAGAGAGAGUGGUUUUAAUGAUGUCCUAAUAGGCGCAAAUGAUUUGGCUGAAGCUGUUGAAUUACCACUAGAAUUUAGGAAAUUUCAAGAUAAACGACUACAAAGAAGGAAGAGAAUGUUUUCAUAUGAGGCAAAAGAUCAAGCUUUCGAUGAUCCAAAAGAAGCAUAUAGAGUUCAGUGCUUUACCUUAGUGCUAGACAAAGCUAUUCAAUCUCUAGAAUCUAGAUUUAUGCAGCUUAAAAGCCAUAUAAAAUUAUUUGGAUUUUUAAAUAACUUUCAGGGCUUACAAAAGGCAGAAAUAAGGAAACACACAGUAGACCUUGAAGCAGCUUUAAUUGACACCAAACUAAAACAGAACACUGAUGUAGAGGUAGGUACUGUAACAAGUAAAGAUGUAGAUGGUUAUCUGUUGGCUGAAGAACUUGAAGCUCUGAAAACUUUUCUGCCCACCAGUGUCGCCAAGCCCCAAGCCCUGUUUGAAUACCUGGUAGUAAACAAUCGAUUCACUGCAUUUCCUAAUGUUUUUGUUGCUUUGAGAAUUUACUUAACAAUGCCCGUAACAGUCGCAUCGGGUGAGAGAAGUUUUUCUAAACUAAAAUUGAUUAAAACAUACUUACGGUCAACAAUUUCACAAGAAAGACUAAACAAUUUGGCGAUGCUAUCUAUAGAAAGUGACAUUACCAAAACCCUUGACUUUAAAAUGAUUUUGAAAGAUUUUGCAAAUAAAAAAGCCAGAAAAGUGUGUUUCUAAAAGGUCCGUGCAUAAACAGUUUGUCUGUAAUUGUCUUAACUUGUAAUAAAAAAUCAAAACUUU